UGAAGGUGUUUCGAAUGAAUGCAGUACAGCAGCCUGAAUCAGAAGCACAAGGCCUUUGGUGAAGGAUGCUGUCGCGUGUGAUCCGCCGCUUCGCCCCCCGCGUAGCUCGUCCUGCUAUCGCCGCCAAUGUGGACCUGGAUACGGAGACCCAUGGGCUUCGCUUCCUUCACCUGCCUCUUCUCCCGUCGAAAUUCCCACAACCCGCUCCACAGGUCUGCAAGCGGCCGAGUCUCCUCGAUCCACUUUUGAAGCUCCAUCUCAUUCGAAGUCAAUUGCUCUACGGAUUAAGCGUUGUGGGUGUGCCACCGCCCAAAGAACCAGUGGAUGUGCCCCCUCACAUUACCUUCGACCUCAACUCGUUGCUCGAGACAAGUCCCCAUUUGCCACCGAACGAGAUCCAGCAAGACUAUUCUUUUGAUCGUCGAUCGUCCAUCGACGAAAUUCCGAUGGAGCGUUACGUUGCAUUGGGCCAACACUUGUACCAGAGCAUGAUGUGGACCACACAUCCGUGUGCGUGGCAUGCAGUUGGCCAGCGAUGUGCCUAAGACUAUGAGAAGAGCCAUAAUGGAAUAUGCCCUGUGGUAGUUCGUUCCCUUGCAUGUUUCUGAGGUAUGAUGAACGUUAAAAUAUCGACAUUCUACUGGCCCAGCAUUUCCUUUUUCCACUUGGCCACCAACGCUUGGGAGGCCGCCGCCACUUGGUCGCUUGGGUGCUUUCGCAGCUUGUUGACACUUCGACCGAGGCCCGUCUCCUUGAGCGUCUCCAUCGUCAGCUUCAUCGCGUUCAGGUCUUGCAGCAUCGCCAUGGCGAGGGUCGCGUCCAGCGCUUUCACGUCGGUCGUGCUUUCCAGCGUGAGUUGGAUGCGGUGCAACGUAUCGUCCAGUGGAAUCUACAACACAAUAUAUAUUUACAGUGUGGAACUAAAUGGAAGAAUAUAUAUAUAUAUCUUGUACCA